GAGAGUUCUCUCUUUCCCGGUACAAAAUUGGAGAGAUUUGAGCAGCUAUCAAGUGAGAUUGCUUCGGAAAAUCACAAAUUCAUUAAGAAAUAUCAAUGAACAAUAUCCCCCAUUGCUAUUAAUCAAUUUAGGACAAAUUUAAGCACAGGCUUCCAGAUCUAGAAGAGAUGGAAGAAUUUUGGUUGCACUUGCAGCCGAAGACUGGACUGACCCAACGGACACCAGCACCGGCAGGGCGAGAUGGACGCACAACAGAUGAUCCCGAGCACCACUGCUCCAUCUUCAUCGUAGCAGCGACGCUCGCGACUCCUUCAUCCAUCUCAGGCACCGUUCGCCGCUAUUCCCUCCUGGUCUGACCCGUUGUCGUCACCAUCCAGGCUAUCGCAGCCUAGAAUCCCGCCACCCCUUCGCAUGACCUCUGUUCGCAGCUCGUUCUCCAGCAGAGCAACGGUCAACCAGGCUUAGAAGUGGAUGGCUGAGACACCUUGCGACCUCCAACCUUCGCAGGCUGCCAAUUUCACGAUUCUCCUUUCCCAACCCGUAGACCCGGAAAGCAGUAGGGUCGGUUGGAGGAGAUGACGGCCUACGGGAGUCUAGACUCCUCUUUCUCGUACCAGCCUUGAUUUUGACCUUAGUCAAAAUUUCACUGAACUCAGCUACGAGGAGAGAGUAAAUGACGGAACACAGUAGAAUUUGGUCAGAUGUUUCCGAAUCGCGUUGAUGUAUUUUUUUUGACGAAAAAGAGUAAAACGGGGUUCAGUACUCCGAAUUUGAAGUGGCUGCGAGGAAGAUCGAAAUGCUGACAGCUUUAACGCCACAGCUUUACGCUUUUCGGAUCUGACAACUCCGAAAGCGUUCCAUCAGAAAAUGUCAGCCAUUUUCGGAGCUGACAACUCCGAAUGCAGAAGAUAGGAUUUCCCAACAUUUUCAUUGGUCCGUCGGAUUCUACCGUGAUAAUAUUUUCAGCAUAAAUACUCCUCCUCCCACACACUUUCACACCCACCAACAUCUCCUAUCCUCCUCCCACACUUUCAUACCAACAAAACAAACAAGGCUUCUUGUUCAAAGGUUGUAAUGGCUGAACGAGUUGCACACCCUGACCCUCGGGAUCGUUCUGUUUUAGUUAUGAUACCCGGUGAGCAUCGUGACGAUCGUGUGUGGCACGAAUCAGCAUUUCGAGAUGACAAACUGAGGUGCCAUCACUAUUCGUCAUGUGCCUAUGUUGAUGAUGGUCCGCGUCAUCCUGGGGUGGUACGGUUGUUGAGAGCAUCUGGGUUUCACGGUGUCGAGAGAAUAGGACAAAUACAGUUAGAUUGGUCACUUCUGACUGCGUUAGUGGAGAGGUGGAGACCCGAGGUACACGCAUUUCAUUUGCCCUUUGGUGAGGUAGGAUUGACUUUACAGGAUGUGCAAGUGUUGUUGGGGUUGCCCAUUGACGGCAUACCACUCACUGGUCCCACGAUUACUGAUAAGGCAGCGUUGUUGCAGAUGUGUGCACAGUCUGCUGGUUUUAUACCAGAAGAUGAUGAUUUAAUUCAGCUACCAUAAAAGUAACAAAUAUCCACCCCAUUCCAUUAACCGAUUGGAGCACUGAAAACGAGGUGACUCAACACACUAGGGCCCUCAUUUGGCAGUUGUUAGGUGGUUCAUUAUUCCCUACCACUAGUGGAAACAUGGCUAGUUGGUAUUUCUUGGAGUUGUUGCAGAGGAACUUAGUAGAUGUGUGCCGAUGGAGCUGGGGCUCAGCGGUCUUGGCCUAUCUGUAUCACACCAUGUGUAAGGUGGCCAAGGCCCAGGCUAAACAGAUUGGAGGAUGUUUAAUCCUUCUACAAAUCUGGGCAUGAGAGAGAUUGUCGAUGGUUCUGCCCCAAGGUCAUCUCCCACUUGACCAUAUAUUGGAUUUUCCGUAUGCUGUUAGGUGGGCGUGUCAACAUGAUUGGCAACAAACAAACAGAUUUUCGUUACGGGUAUAUAGGGACCAACUAGAUCGGAUGACGGAAGAUGAGUUCGAAUGGAUCCCCUAUCCGUUGAUGAACCUUCCAGCAUAUUGUCAUGAUGCGAACGAUUUGUGGGCUGCGGAGGUUCCAUUGAUUUAUACACGUUUUUCUGAGGCACACUAUCCUAGGAGGUUUUGUCGUCAAUUCAACGCAUAUCAGGAUCGACCCGCUCCGGUUGUGGCAGGGCAUCGUCACCACAAUAGUGGAUCACGAUUCAUGGUCGAGCUUGUUGAAGAAUGGGCAUUACGGUGGAACAAAAUAUUCCCACUUCAGUGGGUUGACGAAGGUCCUUUCAUUAGUGAUGAGUACCGCGAGUGGUACCGUAAUGUAGGAAAACAAUGGCUCACAAACCCGUGUGUUGAUCGUCCCACUCAGGGAUUCGUUCCUGCUCACCCACAAGCGGCUAUUGCGAUUCAAUGUUUGGGUGAGAUAAUUCGCCGAUUACGAGUCAGAGAUGAUCCGGAUGACAUCAUUGCACACGGUGUAGAGUGUCUUACACGACUUGGUGCAGAAGAAGCGAUUGAUCAUGACAUCAUCACAUAUGAAGCUGCAGAUGUUGAUCCUCUCACUGCUCUUCGUCCCCCACGCCCUCAUCGUGGGAGGGGCGGUCCCACACGCGGAAGGCGAAUUGGCCGGGGUAACGUUCGGAUGGGGGAUGUUGGCACCCAUGAUGAUGCACAUCUGCAUUCUCAAUCCUCUCGUGCCAGUUCAUACCAUCCAUCUCCGGUGCAUCAACCACAUGUGUACUCCACACCCACCAGUCCAAAUAUUCCUAUAUUCGAUGCAGGACCUAGCUUUUUCCAUUCACCGGUGGAUUGGAUGAUCGGCUUAUUUGGCUCUGAGACCGCAGGACCGAGUACCCAACCUACUGUUGAGGUUAG